AUGGUUGUGGAGCCCGGGUUACCACUGCCUAAACAGUGCGACCCAAGCACCUGGAACCUCAACCCGGACGCCUCCUACGUGUACUUCUGUGCAAACGAGACUGUGCUCGGGGUGGAGUUCCACUUCAUACCUGACGUCAAGGGAGCCGUGCUGGUCUGUGACAUGUCCUCAAACUUCUUAUCCAGGCCAGUGGACGUUUCCAAGUUUGCUGUGAUUUUUGCUGGUGCUCAAAAGAAUGUUGGCUCUGCUAGGGUGACAGUGGUGACCGUCCGUGAUGACCUGCUGGGGUUCGCCCUCAGAGAGUGUCCUUCAGUCCUUGAAUACAAACUGCAGGCUGGCAACAACUCUUUGUGUAACACACCUCCGUGUUUCAGCAUCUACGUCAUGGGCACGGUCCUGGAAUGGAUCAAGAACAAUGGUGGAGCCGCAGCCAUGGAGAAGCUCAGCUCCAUCAAAUCCCAAAUGAUUUAUGAGAUAAUUGACAAUUCUCAAGGAUUUUAUGUAUGUCCAGUGGAGCGCCAGAAUAGAAGCAGGAUGAAUAUUCCAUUUCGCAUUGGCAAUGCCAAAGGAGAUGAAGCUUUAGAGAAGCAGUUUCUUGAUAAGGCAGUGGAACUCAACAUGAUCUCCUUGAAGGGGCACAGGUCAGUGGGAGGCAUCCGUGCCUCUCUGUAUAAUGCUGUCACCAUUGAAGAUGUUGAGAAGCUGGCUGCCUUCAUGAAGAACUUCUUGGAGAUGCAUCAGCUGUGAGCGUGACCAGCUCCAAGCUGUCUGUGAGCACCA